AUGUCAACCCCCACAGCUCCCAUCGAAGUUGGCAAUGGCCCAAAGAAACCAAGUCUGAUCUCCGUAGACGAACUCGUCAAGAUCAUGGAAGCCAACACGCUGCAAGACGAUCCUCGAGAGAAGAAAACGGAGCGAUCUAGCAAGCUUGUCAAGGCGUAUCUGAUCCAGAAUGAGCCUGAGUUUGUUAGGGUCAUGGGGUUCAGAGAUAGAGGUUGGAUGCAAAACAAGGACAAGGGUGAUGCUUUCUUCAAGGCGCAGCGUGAAAGAGCGGAUAAUACGGAUAUUUCCGGGGAGCAGAAGUUCUUUCGUAUGAUGAUCCAGAUUGCUGAUGAGAUGAAUGGGAUGACUGGAGCUCUUUCUCCGCAAACAGCUCGCGGUUCAGAUAUGAAGGUUUUAGAUAUAUGUAUGGCACCAGGAGGAUAUACUGCAGCGGUUCUUAGGUUCAAUCCCAGGGCCAAAGCUUUCGCAAUCACACUGCCCAUGGAGCAAGGAGGCCACCCGAUUCAUAUUGAGCGGAACCGUUUGGCGGGGCUUCAGCUGUUGGAUGUCACUAUGCUUGUCAACGAAUAUACCGACAAGCCAAUCACACCAGGGCAUCCAGACCGAAAGAAGUUCCUAACGAUCCGUCCCUUUAAAUUCCAUUCGUUCGAUCUGGUCUUCUGCGAUGGCAUGGUUUUGAGAACCCAACAACGCGAAGACUACCGAGAGGGGAAUGAAGUUAUCCGUCUCUCUACUUCGCAGCUCAUUCUGGCAAUGCAACGAAUUAAGGCAGGUGGCACAUUGGUCAUGCUGCUGCACAAGAUCGAUUCGUUCCCGGCGGCGAAUAUCUUGUAUAAAUUCAGCAAAUUUGCGAAGCUCGAGGCGUUCAAGCCACAGAAGAAGCACGGUACUCGAAGCUCGUUCUAUAUGAUAGCCAAGGAUGUGCAGCCGAGCCACGAGGCAGCGAAGGCUGUGGUCGCAGAGUGGAAGGAGGCCUGGUGGAAGGCUACGUUUGGAGGCGAGGCUGGUAUAGGAGAGCCGAAAGUAGACCCCCCAGAGAGCGUUGUGUUCAAUAUGCUAGAAGAGUUUGGAGAGCAAUUGAUGGAAAUGGGUCGCCCUAUUUGGAGAAUUCAGGGGGAUGCGUUGAGCCGGACGGAAUAUGCUGGUGAUGGAUCCAUUGACAUUGCGCGUUCCGAGACUGCUGUGGAUUUGUCAGGCACUAUCAAUUCAUCUCCUUGGAGAGAUUUGCGAGAGAGCUUGAAAGAGAACGUUCCUCUUCAAACUUCUGGCAGUCCAGUCGGACCAUCUUCUUGGCGAGCUUUGAGAGAGAAUGUUCCACCUCAAAGCAGUGCUAAUCCUGUCACACCAUCUCCGUGGGAUGUUAUGAGAGAAAGUAUGAAGGAGAGACUUCCUCCUCAUAGCUCCCCUCUGCAUAAGGACCUAAAAGGUAUCUGA